UCGAUGGCGGCUGGCCAGACUGGACCCAACAGAGUCCAGACUUCAUGAAGCAUCAGCAAUGGAGGCCUCUGAUAGGCUAGCGAGCAUCGCGGUCUCGAAGCGAUGCGCAAACGUCCAUGGUCAGACGCUCUGUGUGCGCACCCUGACUUGCAACUGUCACAGCGUUGUCCUCCUCCAUCAUCAUCACGCCAAACUCGAAUCUUGCAAUCCCCGCGCUUAUCUCGAUCCCUCUACCGCUCCAAUCGCAACGAUGGCUCGCGGCAACCAACGCGACAAGGCCCGCGAGGCGAACCUCAAGAAACAAGCCGCGCAGAAGAAAGGAAACAGUAUGAGCGGUACGGAAAUGCAGCGGAGCAAGGAGACUGCCGCGGAGAUCAUGAGGCAAAAGCAAGCUGCUGCCGAGGCCAAAAAGGCUGCCGCCGAAAAGAAAUGAGACGCCCCCUGUAUGCAAGAUUCGGAUAGGGGCCUGCGACCGACCGAGAUGGCACAAGCGAAUGAGGACACAACAUAGCAUAGGCGCCUUUAUUUCGGGGGGAACAGUAUCGUUUUUAGGAUCAGUAUGGGCGAAUGGAGAAUAAUGGACGAUACAGGUUGGAUUUCAAGAAGCUUCGUCUUUGACUCUCGAGCACUCCUCAUGCUCACUCUGUGAUUGCAUCGACCAGAAACAGCGGCA